AUGCGUCGCUUUUUUGCAGAGCUGGAGCCAUCUCUAUCCGUCACUGAGCAAAACCUGGCAGACCAAGUUCGGUACAUCCUGCGCUCCAACAUAUUUGGUGACGCCGAACUCAAACGACUACGACGUGAGGCUAUUCCUUCAUCAAAUGGAAAUGCUACGGCUGGGAAUGCGGUACCACUAGAUGCGCAACAAACUGCAUAUGUGGAUGAUGCCGUCAAUAUUCCAUUUGUGGCUAAUUCAGACGAUGAUGGAAUAGUCUCCCACGAACUAAAGAAAAUGAGGAGCAUAUUGGAAGAGUCGAUGCUGGAAAAGCGAAGCAUGCCUCUCGAAAAUCGACCGCGACUUCCCCGUAUACCCCUUAGCAAGCGAAAUCGGGCCGUCGUGCGCGCUCUUAACCCAAUGCUGGUGACCUAUUUGGAAGCCACCCGGGACCUUUGCGAGACGGACUCAAUUCUUUUUGGCGCCGCACUGGCAGUAUGCCGUAUUAUUGGCGCCAAACUUCCCGUGGCAGGACAUGCUACUCAAAAAAGUAGCGCCAUCCUUGCCUGGAGAAAAAUAAUUGAGGACCGUAUCGCAAAGGCAAGGGCCCUUAUCGGCAGACUGACAAGCUUCAAGUCUGGUAAUAAUAUGCCGAGAGUUGUGCGCACCUUUAUAAUGGCUUUAGCUGGGACAAAUAUCAGUUUGUCCCAGCCGGAUAUCACGCAGAAACUAACGGAACGCAUAGAUGACCUGAAUCAAAAAAAUCGCUGCUUGGGGGAAGCGUAUUCGACGAUUUAG